UCGUAAUUGGUGGACGGUGGUAUGAAAGCAGUGAUUGAUUCAUGUUUUUGUGUACGUGUGUGUGUCUGUGUGUGUAUGUUUGUGUGUGUGGUCAUGUGCGUGUGUGAGCUCGCUUCUAUUUUUAUUAUUUUGCCAUAACUUUAUGUUGCUUUGUAGUUUAGCAUUAACAGGGGAUACCCCGUAGCGAGGCGAAAAACGAUGAAAGACCGGCGACCAACUCGCCGGGCUGAGCGAACCAUAAGGAUAGACGCGAACUGAUUGAUAAUGUAGCAAUAUCUAGAUAUUUAAAUGGACGCAUGGAGAGCAGAUUCUGCGCCAGAGUGUAAAAAAACAAACGUGCGCGCCACCGCGGUCCAUGUCGUGUCGUGUGUCACUGGAAUUGCGAGAUCUUGUGCUAUUGUUUGAGUGUGGGACAAACGAGGUGAUCGAGGAGACCAGGCCUGUUGAUGCAAAUGAAUAGCUUACUUGCACGUAGAUACAGUGACUCACAAUCUGUAGCUGGAGAUAUUAUUGACUACUGAGGAAUAAUACAUCCUUUGCACCACGAUCCAUCCUGUGGCUAAGUCUCUUCAUAUUCCUCUACCAUGCUUAGUCUCCGCAGUAUUCCCCCCCCCCUCCAAAGAAAAAAGCUGCAAGGAAAAUCAGAAUACAAAAGGGACGCAACGAAGACAACUGAAACGGACGCUUGAGCCCAGGAGGCUCUGCGCCCUAAUCCAAGACAAGACAAGACACAAGUGAAAUUUCAAUCGCAAGUUGUUGAAAGUUGUUUAGGUGGCAUUUGUUGUGGCACUGAUGACCGGAUGAUGUGCCAGCUCUGCUGUUUCAUGUCAAUGGUAACAACACCCGUGAGAUUAAUGCGCAGAUGAUACAAAAAUUAGCACUGUCUUGGUGUUCAUGGUCCAUCCUGUCGCCUUGGCGUGGCCUCGCGUAUUAAACUUGAAGGCGCUUUUAAUAAUGCGACGGCCUUUGUGCAUAUACAUACAUAUAGCAAUGGCCUUUCAGUGAAAGUGGAGAUCAAGAAUCCCCAAGAGUGAUUUUGUGUGCAUACAUUGAUUUGUAUCAGCACUGAUUGCAAUCUGAGAAUGGGUAGCUCAACAUCCUCACUUUCUCUUGGAGUAAGAGCUUCUUCAGCUCACUCAGCAGCCACAGCUACAAACAAUGUGUCAGCUCUGCUGUUUCAUCCUGUGCAUGGUGACAACAUCCGUCUGUCAGAGGGUGGCCAGCGGGCCUGUAGAGUCCGCUCCUACUGCCAUGGCAUUGUCUUUAGCAGUCGACCUGUGGCUGUCAAUGAACAGGUGGCAGUGGAGGUGGUGCAGGUGUCAGACCAGUGGAGUGGUGUGGUUCGGCUCGGCUUCACCUCGGUCGAUCCCCGCACCCUCGCUGGCUGUCUGCCCAAGUAUGCCUGUCCAGACCUAACCAGCAAGCCGGACUUCUGGGCCAAGGCGAUGUCAGAGCGGUUCGCCGAGCCGGGCUGCGUGCUGUUUUUCUACGUGACCGCCUCCGGCGACGUCCGCCUAGGCAUGAACGGCGUGGAACGCGGCGUCUUUCUGAGCGGCGUGGACACGAGCCGCCCGCUGUGGGCGCUCUUUGAUGUGUACGGCAACGCCACGGCGCUUCAGCUCGUGCAUGAGCGGCGGCGGUCGUCCGUCUCGCUGGAACCCAGCGCGGACGCGGUGGGAGCCGAGAGAGGGCCUGACUUCGAGCCCGGCGGGCAGGAGACCGAGGUCGCACCGGACCAUAGCCAGCACGCCGGCGACAGGUGCGAUGACGCCCGUCCGGACGAGGGGCCGCCGGACGCGACGCUCCAGCCUCUGCUCCUGCACAGGCUGGCGCGCGGUGGCGGCGUGUCGGUGAGCUCGUGCCUGACCGAGGCCAGCCGGCUCGGCCCGGACUCACAGCCAGCGUACGUGCUGGGCGCCUCGCCGUUGGUGCCGGGCGGCCGGCUGGCAGUGCGUCUGCUGGCGGUCGGCGAGCCGCGCGCCGCCGGCCUGACAUUCGGCCUCACCUCUUGCGACCCGGACACGCUGCUGGCCGACGAGCUGCCGGCUAACCCGGAUCUGCUGGCCAACCGGGCCGAGUACUGGCCGCUGGUGGCCGACGUCGUCUCGUGGCCGAUGGCCGGCGAGCGGCUGACGUUCGGCCUGGCCGCCGGCGGCGUGGUGCACGUGCAGCGUGGCACCGGCCGGCCGCGCACGCUGAUGCACGUGGACGCGUCGCUAACGCUGUGGCCGGUGCUGGGAUUGACGGGCGGUGUGGGCGCGCUGCGCGCGCUCGGCCUGGCGGCCGGCACGCCGACGUCUUCGCCGCAGGAGCAAGCGGCAGCCGCCGGCGGCGCCGACGACGCCCCUGCCGCCGCGACGCCACAGGAGCCGCAGUCCGACUGCUCCGUCUGCUUGGACCGCGCCAGUGACGCGGCCCUGUACGCCUGCGGGCACGUCUGUAUGUGCUACGCGUGCGCGGUACAAUGGCGCGCGCGCGGCACCGGGCUCUGCCCCGUCUGCUGCGCGCCCAUCAGGGAUGUGAUCAGGCUGUACCGCAGCUGACCAGCGUGGCGCCGCCGGCCGCCCCGCGCCGGCUCCUGCCUGCUGUCGCGCGAGCUCCUGCGUGCUUUGUGAUGACGUGGCCAUUCAUAAUGCUGGUGAUGAAAGGCUGUAAGUGACGGCACCAGCUUAAAUUCGUGCCCAUUUAUGGUCAUGUGCUUGCACGUGUGAUUAAUGAUACACUAGUUUCAGUGCUUCAGCUUGCUAUGCACCCGAGGAAGGGCGACGAGUGACUUAAAUGUGUGUGCUAUAUGUGUAUGUGUGUCGGGCUGACACGUGUUAGAUGGCACGGUGACAAGCACACGGACGGAGCGUCUCUUGGGGCCUCAUGCGCUUCGCGAGUUGCAUCAGUCGUGAUGGAGCCAGCCGUUCCAAAAGCUGCCAUCCACGUGAUUUCUGUGAUCUCGAGAUGAAGUGAUUCCUCCAGUACCUCAUAGUCCUAAUGGUUGAGAGGUCUCCGGAGCUGGGGGUGGCAUGCUCGACUCAACUGAGUGCGUAGCGGGCAGCGCGAAAAGCCGCAUAAGUGGGGGCAGGGACGCCAUCAGCUGUUUGCGUUUUCCGCGUAGACAUCGGCACGACGGGUGGCGAUGCCGAAGGUCAGCAGGGACGUGCGUCGUAAUCGUAAGUCACACUAGGCAAUGUGUGCGAAAUGUAGUGUCAUGUUCAGAUCGCGCGUGGAUCAGGAUUGGCCUCGUUUAUUGGUCGGGAACGCUAGGCUUAAUUUCUUCGCGAAUGUGGGACCAUUUCUGCCAUGAAAGCCAGUAAACCCGUGAUUUUGUA